UCCAACGGCAUCCAAUCAUCAUCCGCGAACAUCACACGGGGGAGAACAUGCUCUAUAAAAUCUCGUACGGUUGAACCGACUUUGCUUCUCCCAUCACAACGACUCGUGCACUCCUGGUAGAUAGACCAAGUAUCGACGAGCAUAAGCAGCACCAUGGGAGGAUGUUUUAGCUCGCAGCCUCCUCACAGCGAGGAGGGCGAGGACCCAGCGACCGAGCUCCCCCAAUAUACAGGGCCUCCUGAGCCUCAUCGGACAUCGAACGCCUCGAACCCCUACAACCCAUAUGGCGACCCUGGGUCUGCCGCCUAUGAUACACAGAACCAAGGUGCGAGGAGCAGCCGCUGGGAGCAGACUGGUAACAACAGGAGGCCCGAUCGUCUUGGCCUGCCUGCAAACAACAGGGGCCCUAUCACCUACAAUCCGGCCGGUCGAGACGGCCGGUCUUCAAGCAGUAGGGAGACUGUCCCCCAUGAUCCGCAGAGCCGGGGACCGAGGCCCAGUCGCAAGGAUCGACAUACUCAGAAUGCGAGGAGUAAUCAGGGUGGUGGAUCUUCAAGCAGCAGGGAUAUUGUCCCCUAUGAUCAGCAGAAUCGGGGUGCAAGGCCCGGUCGCAGGGACCGACAUGAUCAGAACAUGAGGCCCAAUCAGAGCGGUGGUGAAUCUUCAGGCAGCAAGGAGAUUGUGCGCCAUAACCAGCGGACCCGGGGUCCGAUGCCUGCCCUCAGGGAACAAUAUAAUCAAAACGAGAUGCCCUAUCAAGGCGGAGAGCCUCCACGCCAAGGCGAGUCUUCACGCACAGGAGAGUCUUCAAGAAGAGGGAAGCCUCCAGGCGGAAGAAGGGAGUCUUCACGCAGACGGAAGCUCUACCAACACACCGGACCCCAUCAACUUCCAUACGGGGAGUCUAGUAGCAGCCAACCGGGGCCGUCCCAGGCUGAGAGCGAGAGCCAAGGCGAGUAGACAUCUGGCCCGUCGAUCGUAGCUCCGCACAGGCGGCACUGACUUUUCAUUCAGAUUGGACCACUCCAAACGAUGGGAUGGAGCCAAUACACAGGGGAGCAGAAAGGAAGGUGAAGAUUGCACCUAUAGAUACAGCAAUACUACUUCCCUCGAGCGGUGAAAUUGUGGCUCCAAGCCCACAAAGCCCUCUCGUUCCUGGGUAUGAUCGGCUGGUAGCUGAUCCGGCUUCAGUGAGCCCCGAUACACCGACAGGACCUAGCGAUUAUCGUGGUUAGACAGGGCGAAGAAUACAAGAAGAGUUCUCAGUCUCCUGAGAAGGCACGAGGGAGGGAAGCAUGCGUACUUUGGGAACACACACGUGAUGCUCAGGAGGAC